CGCUAAAGCCUCAGAGCCCACAACGUCUCUUCAUCUUCUUCUCGCGCCCCCCUCCUCUUCAGAGAAGCAAACGAAAAUCAGAGAGGAAAUGGCGGUUCAGUCCAUCAAGUUUCCUACGUUGCUCACCCGCUGCUGCUCUGCUUCCUUCUUCAUCUCUCCUCCUCCUCCUCCUUCACCCGAUUGGUGCUGUUCCGCAGGUGGAUGGUUCAGACUCAGGGGUCGCCUUCAUUGUCAGUCGAGAAGUUUCGCUGUGAAGUCGGAAAAGAUUCACGUACAGAAGAAGAAGAAGAGACUUGACGAGAUAUGUCUCGAGCGAUAUGAGCAGUACAGUCGGACCUUAAUACAGUCAUGGAUACUCCAAGGGAAAGUUACUGUGGAUGGGAGGGUUGUUAACAAAGCCGGAACGCCUGUCUCGGAUAAAGCCAAUGUAGAGAUAAUUGCUGAAAUUCCAAAAUACGUAUGUAGAGCGGGAUACAAGCUUGAGGCUGCCAUUGAACAAUUAGAUAUUAAAGUUGAAGGGAAGGUAGCUCUUGACUCGGGUUUAUCAACUGGUGGAUUUACUGAUUGCUUGCUUCAGUAUGGUGCAUCAUUUGUUUAUGGAGUUGAUGUUGGUUAUGGGCAGGUGGCAGACAAAAUUCGUCGAGAUGAACGUGUUUGCGUGAUAGAAAGAACUAAUUUACGGUAUCUUGCCGGCCUUCCCCAGAAAGUUGAUUUGGUGACACUGGACCUCUCGUUCAUUUCCAUUCUCUUGGUGAUGCCAGCUGUGGUGAAUGUGAUGAAGGAAGAUGCUACAUUAAUUACCUUAGUCAAGCCUCAAUUCGAGGCUCGAAGAUCACAAGUGGGUGGUGGAGGUAUUGUGAGGGAUCCACAAGUUCAUCAGGAGGUUCUUGAAAAAAUUAUCGCUGGAGUCGAGAACUUUGGAUUUUCCAACAAAGGGUGGAUUGAGUCUCCUCUUAAGGGUGCUGAGGGAAACACGGAGUUCUUAGUUUGCUUUACUCGUAUAGCUAACAGAAAACCGGAGUAACCUUAUAUAGAAUUACAGAAGCAAUUUCCCCAAAAUUCCCUCUCAUGAGGCCUGGAACUGAAUGACUCGGUUCAGGAAGCAGAGUCGAGUCACUAAUGGUGUAAAUGCUGCUUCAGUCAUUCUAAGGUACUGAGAGUUCAUGACGAGAACUAUAUUUUGUUGCUGUAGGUUGAAAGAUGUAUGAUAUAAAAUUUUAGCUGAGAGUUUACGGCAAACUUAUAUUCAAGGGAGUAUCUUGUAACAAGUUACAAUUGAAGGCAAUAGCAUCAGAGAAGUUUAUUUA